AUCGAUAAGCAGCGAGUUUGUUGUGGUAAAUAAAAUUUAAAUGAAAUAGAACUAUUUGUGCUGAUCCAUGAAGUCGGUGGCCAUCCGCCCGAAGCCGCCAGGCUCCGACAACCGCGGAGCCCUGCGUCCGGCUGCAAAGAAGGCCGUGCAGAAGCGGAUCUACCACUGCGGCGUCUGCUUGGCGGGAUUCCCGCGUCAUCUGGCCACCAAGCGGCACGAGGAGCAGUGUGCGGCCAGGCUGCGGCGCCUGUUCAUCUGCUGCCACUGCCUGACGCUAUACGGCGACGAGGCCCGGCUGGAGCGGCACCGGCAGCGCAAGCACACCGACGGCCAGUUCCUGUGCCUGCAGUGCGCCAAGCGGUACAAAUCGGCCACCUUCCUUUACCGCCAUGUGGUCAGCUGGCACGGCGAGCAGUCGCUCUUCUACUGUGCCAUGUGCGCCGACAACUGCAGCGACGUGAAGACCUUCAGCGGGAUGCGGGAGCUGCAGGAGCACGCCGACGAGGUGCACCACCUGCGCUUCCUGGAGUCCACGGCCAGCGAAACAGGCAGCCAGGUCGACGAAACCGAGGACCUGGAGAUGCUGGAGGAGAAUCUCGAGGAUCUGCUGCCCAGCGUUGACUGGGACGACGACCUCACCUUCGGCUGGCCCAUGGGCCUGGACAAGGAGUCGUGCAUUGUGGAUGAGACGAAGCCGAACGUCUUUGUGUGUCCCUUCUGCGCCAACGGGUUUUCGGGCAGCUUGUGCUUGGUGCGGCACCUGGAGAGGAUUCACGAGAAGAGUCCGCUGGACUGCUGCUACUGCGACAAGAGCCAUGGCAGCCGGGAUGCCCUGCGGUCCCACCUGCAACGUGUCCACGUGCUGUUGCGCGCCCAUGUGUGCAGCGUUUGCCAGGCGGACUUCGCCACCGCCGAUCACCUGAAGAAGCACGUGAAUAGCCAGCACCUGGACCAUCGGCCGCAUGUGUGUCCCACCUGCGGCAAGGGCUUCGCCCAGCGCUGCCAUCUCACCCAGCACAUGGCCACGGAUCGCGGCCACGGGCACGGCAAGUUCGUCUGCCAGCUCUGCCUGUGGCCCUUCUUUCGGGCCAUCGAUCUCGAGCGGCACGUCAACGAGAAGCAUCCGUAG